AUGGGAGGAGCAUGUUCUGGAACAAAAUAACCAUAGCAAAAAUAGAAAUAACAAUAAUAAGAAUUAAAGAUAAUUGAAUAACCAUAUUUACAUGUUCAAUCAAUGAGCUAACCAUAAUCAAGACCAUCAGAAUAAAGAGGAGAAACUGGCCCAUGUGUUAAGGAAUUGCUUUAUUGUUAUAAAAGAUUUACAGAUUUUUUAGAAUUGGUAGGUAAUUUGGAUCAUUUGGCAACUCAUGCAAGAGAAUAAUUGAAUAAUUGCAUUAUCCAGAGAUCCAAUAUAAAUAUACUUAUAUAGAAUAGUAUAAAAAGAAUAAUGAAGGAGUAAAAAAUAAUAAAAAGAGUUGAAGAAAGUGAUUAUUAUUUAAUUCAUAACGACAAGAAAUUUGCCGUCACCUUUGUGUAAUUAAUGUAAAAAAUAUCAAAUAUAAUAUUGACUGAACUUUAAUCAGAUUCAAAUUUUUAGGAAGCUUUUCCAAUGUUGAUUGUUUCAUUUGUUGAUUUAGCGACAUAGAUAAUUAAGGAAAUAGAAAAUUUUUAAAAUUUCAAAACUCCUUCCGUCUAGAAAUAGAAUACUAAACCUCCAAUAUCUUAAGAUAAUUAUUAGGCGUCAACUAAUAAAUGA